AUGGGGAUUACCAAAUCCCGUCCCCUUUACACUCUCCCCCUCUCCAAUCCGCCCUAUCAGUCCCUUUGUGCAGAGUGGGCCCAACAGUCAUUUCAAGCAAAGGAAGGGGGUCCUAUACCUGGUGGAGUGGAGACUCACGCCGUCACAGUGGUGGUUGGGGAGACAGGCAGUGGCAAGGCCACUCAGAUCCCGCAGAUGGUGGCAAGCAGAGUGGCGGAGGAGAUGGGGGUGGCUUUGGGGGAGAGAGUGGGCUACAGCAUCCGCUUUGAGAACGUCACCACGCAGGGAGUGACUCAGAUCAAGUUUCUCACAGAUGGGGUGCUGCUGCGGGAGAUGAUGGAGGACCCGCUGCUCUCCAGAUACAGUGUGAUCAUGGUGGACGAGGCGCAUGAGCGCAGCCUGGCAACGGACAUUCUCCUGGGCCUCCUCAAGAAGGUGAUGCGGCGGCGUCCUGACCUCCGAUUGGUCAUCUCAUCUGCCACGCUGGCAGCUGAUGACGUGGCAGCCUUCUUUGACACCAGCCACGAGAAGCCCAAGCCCUUGUCGUCACAAGGCCUUAACACCCUUCCCAGCCGCAAGCCAGCUAUCAUUUCAGUGGAAGGCCGGAGUCACCCGGUGCAGCUGCUGUACCUUGAAGAACCCACAUCGGACUACCUGCAGACAGCACUUGACACCGUGCUCGCCAUUCACUGCCAGGAGCCUCCAGGAGACAUACUUGUGUUCUUAACGGGACAGGAGGAGGUGGACACGUUGGUGCAGCUUAUAGCGGAGCAGAGCAACAGCUACACUCCCUCGUCCGAGAAACUAAGAGGCCUCCAGGCGUUUCCUCUCUAUGCUGGUCUACCAGCCGGUGAUGUUGAGGCAGCAUUUGCGCCCACCCUGCGGGGGAGGAGGAAGGUGCUGGUGGCGACCAACAUUGCCGAGACGUCUCUCACCAUCGAGGGCAUAGUGUACGUGGUUGACUGUGGCUUUGUCAAGCAACGGUUCUUCGACCCUGUAUCAAACGUGGAUGCGCUACUGCUAGUGCCCGUGUCACGAGCAUCAGCACAGCAGAGGGCAGGCAGGGCAGGGCGAGUGAGGCCGGGGAAAUGCUACAGACUGUACACAGAGCACAGCUACUUGACAGAUCUUGCCGCCCACACAAUCCCGGAGAUCCAGCGAUCAGAUCUCACAGCAACAGUGCUGCAGCUCAAGUCGCUCGGCAUCGACAACAUCAUGCGAUUCGAUUGGCUCUCGCCGCCCGCGCCGUCCGCCAUGAUCCGCGCACUAGAGACGCUCUUUGCCGUCCGGGCGCUGGAUAUGGACGGCAGACUGACCAAGCCUGUUGGAGUCCAGCUGGCAGAGUUUCCUCUGGACCCUCUGAUUGCCUUCAUGCUGCUUGUAUCGGCCAAUGCACCUGGCACCACCGCUGAUGGUGCUACUGGUACUGCGAUGAAGAGUGGAGGGGGUGGAGGUGGCGUGGGUGGGGGGAAGGAGGAGGAUGAUGAGGAGGAGGAAGACGGAGAUGGGGAGGACGCUGAUGGUUGUUCCGAGGAGAUGUGUACAGUUGCUGCGUCACUGUGUGUGCAGUCAGUGUGGGUGGGCAGCAGCGGCAGGCAGAGGGAGUCAGACAGACUCAAAGAGCGAUUCGCUGCUGCAGAGGGCGACUUUGUCUCCUACCUGAACGUGUAUGAGGGCUUCACUCGCAGUGGCCGGUCGCCCAAGUGGUGCCACGCCAACGGCAUCAACUACCAGGCCAUGCUGCGAGUGGACGAUGUGAGGGGGCAGCUGCGGAAAGGGCUAAGGCGCCUGGGGCUGAAGCUGCUGUCAUGCAGAGGUGACGUCAUGUCCCCCUACCUGUCCCUCCUCUUCCCCAUUUCCGUUGCUUGCCUUCCCACCCACACCCACCCACAACCCCACCACACCCCCUCCAACCCCGCACCACCCCUGAUUCCACCAGCUGCUCCAGCAGGCAGCAGUGCCAUCUUUUAUCACUUCUCGUCACCCACCAAUAUUUUGUUCCACUCUCCCCUCUGCCAACCCCUACUCCUCUCCACCAGCUGCUCCAACGGGCAGCGGCGGCCUCUCUCUUCGUGA